AUGCUAUUGACACCGAGGACGCACUCCGUGGCCUUUUUACUCACGGUCACAGAACCGGCCGUCUCGCUCCGUCGCCCGCAGCACCUGCAGGAAAACCUGAAGUGUCUCGCGGACGUCCCCCUGGUCCUAGAGAGCGAGGUGUCCCGGACCAGUGCCCGGGUCACAUGGUGUCUGGACGGAGAGCCGAUAGAACCCAACCCCAACGUGAGCAUCAGCGAGGACGGACUCACCCGGCGCCUGACCGUCCACUGUCCCUCCACGUCUGACUCGGGGACAUACACCUGCGGCGCCGGGGACGACCACAUCCACUUCCACGUCCAGGUCACAGAACCUCCGGUCAGCAUCGUCCGGAAGCAGGAAGUGAACACGGCUGUGGCUGCGACCGUGGGGGACGACGUGGUCCUGGAGUGCGAGGUGUCGAGGCCCGACGCCGUGACCAAGUGGUUCAGGGACGGCGAGCGGGUGGAGAGCGGCGAGCGGGUGUGUGUGGAGGAGGAGGGGCCGUUCCGCUCGCUGGUCCUGCUCUGUGCCGAGGUCCAGGACAGCGCAGAGUACUUCCUGGACGCUGGAGACGACGGGAUCAGCUUCCAGGUCACGGUCCGAGAGCCUCCGGUCCGCAUCGUUGGAAACUCGUCUGACGUGGAUUAUCAGGAGAUGGUGGCGGGAGACGAGCUGAUCUUGGCCUGUGAGGUUUCUCGGGUCGACGCUCCGGUCCGAUGGUUCUGGAACGACCGGCCGCUGCUCCCGGACUCCCGGGUCGUCAUCCAGAGCUCGGGAACGCUACACAAACUCAUCAUCUCCGACAUACAAACUUCCCACUCCGGACAGUACGUGUGCGACGCCCUGGACGACAGGAUGGUCAGCGUGGUGCGGGUGCAAGAAUCUCCCGUCACCUUCAUAAACAAACAGGAGGACUUGGUUCUGGUCGGGUUCGAGGCCGAGAGCCUGGACCUGACCUGCUACGUGUCCAGGGAGAGCGCGGCGGUGCGGUGGCUGAAGGACUGGACCCCGGUGGAGGGCGAGCGCUUCAGGUCCGUGAUGGAGGGACAUAAGCGCACUCUGACCCUGCAGCCCCUGAGGAGGUCCGACGCCGGGGAGUACACGUGUGACGCGCACACCGACCAGUGCCACUUCAGCCUGCUCGUCAAAGAGAUGCGAGUGAAGUUCACCGAGCCGCUCCAGGACACGGUGGCCCACGCGGACGGCAUGGUGACCCUGCGUUGCCAGGUUGGGAAGGCCAAGGCGGACGUCCAGUGGCUGCGGGGCGGGCAGGAGAUCACACCCAGCCGCAGGUACACCAUCCGGGCCGAGGGGCAGGAGCGCAGCCUCACCAUACACCGUCUGACCAGAGACGACGCCGGGGAGUACGCCUGCGAAUCCAAGGAUGACCGCACCGCCGCCCUGCUGGUGGUGGAGAUGCCUCGUGUGGUGGAGUUCCUCACCGAGCUCCACAACACCACGGUGCUGGAAGGGGAAGACGCCACGUUCAAGUGCGUGGUCUCCCCUGAGGACGUGAGCCUGCGCUGGCUGAUGGACAGCGUGGCGGUGGCGGUGGCGGUGGACGGGCGCAUCACGGUCCUGCACAACGGUCUGUGCCACACGCUGGUCAUCCACAAGUGCACCAUGACCGACUGCGCUCGCAUCACCGCCGAGGCCGAGGGGCAGGUCAGCAAGGCCAGCCUCCGAGUGCAAGAGGCUCAGAUCACCUUCACCAAGAGGAUGGAGUCGGUGAUGGCGGAGGAGAUGGAGGACGCCACGCUGCAGACGGAGGUGAGCCUGGACUCGGGGGAGGUGCAGUGGAUGAGGCAGGGCGUGGUGAUCCAGGCCGGGCCGCACUACUCCCUCACCCACGAGGGCCGCACCCGCCGCCUCACCCUCCACAACCUCACCCUCAACGACCGCGGGACGUACCGCUGCGAGAGCCUCCACGACCGCACCCAGGUCAAGCUGCACGUGGAGCCUCGAAAGAUCAGCGUCCGCAGUGCGCUGCUGGACCAGGAGGCGUUCGAGCGAGAGGCCGCCUCCUUCCAGCUGGAGCUGUCCCACACCGACGUGGAGGGCUCCUGGCAGAAGGACGGCAUCCGGGUCAAACCCAGCGCCCAGGUCCGGGUGAGCCGCAACGGGCGAGUGCACAGUCUGACCCUGUCCGGCCUCACUCUGGAGGACACUGGCACCAUCGUGUUCACCGCAGACGGUCUGCGCACCUCCGCCAGGCUCACGGUCAAAGAGACCCCGGUGUUGCUGCUGCUGCCUCUGGCAGACGCCCGAGUGGAGGAGGACACUUCGCUCACGCUGGAGUGCGAGUUUUCACGACCGCUGCUGGAGGUCAAGUGGUACAAGGACGGGAAGGAGCUGAAGCCGGGGAAGAACAUCCGGAUCUACUCCAUGGGCCGGAAACGCUUCUGUCAGAUCCUGCAGAGCUCCACAGACGACUCCGGCCUCUACAAGUGUGAGAGCGGAGACCUGCAGACCAGCUGCACUCUGGAGGUCUACGAGCACAAGCUGGAGCUGGUGCAGGGGCUGGAGGACCUGGAGAUCUUGGAGGACCAGAACGCGGUCUUCAUGUGCAGUCUGUCUCUGGAGGGCGUGAGCGGCGACUGGUUCAAGGACGGCAGCCGCAUCCGCCCCAGCGCCACCGUCAAGAUCCGCACGGAAGGAACCAAACACUUCCUGCUCAUGUGUAACGUCAAAGCGGAGGACGCCGGAGAGAUCCGGUUUGUGGCGCGGGACGUGGAGACGGCGGCGUUUCUGGAGGUGGAAGAGCUGCCCGUCUCCAUCGUGAAGCCGCUUCGCGAUCGCACGGCGCUGGAGAAGCACCGGGUGAUCCUGGAGUGCACCACGUCCACGCCGCGGUGCACUCCGCUCUGGUUCCGGGGGGGGGAGGAGCUGCUGGCCUCCCCCGGGCUGGAGCUGCUGUCUGACGGCUGCACCCACAAACUGGUCAUCCAGGAGGUCAGUGUGGAGGACGAGGACACCUACAGCGUCCAGGUGGGAGAGCACACCAGCUCCGCCAAGCUCCUGGUAGAAGGCCAGGCCCUGGUGGUGGUGCGCCCCCUGGAGGACACCCAGGUCACCCCACAGCAGACCGCCUCCUUCCGCUGUGACGUCUCCGUGGACAUCAACAAGGCCCCGUCCUGGAGCCUGAACGGGGAGGUGCUCCGGCCGGGCCCCGGGGUCCGCAUGGAGAGCCAGGGCACCAGCCACACCCUGAAACUGCAGCAGCCGCAUCAGCACAUGAGCGGCACGGUGCGCUUCACUCUGGGGAAGGCCAAGUCCUGCGCCGCGCUGACCGUCAGCGAGGAGUGA